CCACCCUCUCGUGGAGUAAGGUGUUCCACUGUAAUCCACUGCCGACAUGUACUACCACAUUUUCCUGGGAUUUUUGGCCGUGGUGGCCGCCUACCCUGGAAUCAUCCAUGAGGAGGCCCCACAACUAGAAGCCAAAUACGACCACCACGCCCUCAUCGGCGAAACGGGACACCAUCACCAAGUUGAGCAUGAACAUGCCAAGUCACACCAGUCGAUCAAAUUCGAGCACUUCCACCCAGUCCCCGUGUACGUGAAGAAAGAACACAGCCAUCUGCUGAAGCAUCCUCUCGAGAAGGGCAAGUCUGAGCAGAACCUGAAGCUGAUCCACCCCGAGACUGAGCACAAACAUGGCGGCGGUCUGGUUCUCGAGGACGACAGGCACAACACCGACCACGCUGCUGCUCUCGAGCAUCAUGGCUUCGAGCACGGAGGCUUCGAGCAUCUGUCCGGUGGCUUCGAAGGUGGUCACGGAGGUUUUGAAGGUGGCCAUGGAGGAUUCGAAGGCUACAGCGGCGGUGAGGGCCUAAAAGCUUACGCAGAGCUUGCCCAACCUGAAGCCGGCGAAGGACACUACUACGCGGAGGCGGGACACGCACUCGCCGACUCUGGCGAGAGUUACAAAUACGACAGCUAUUAACUGCAUUUACCAGAGACUACCACGGGCAUGUCGCGUGGAGUUCACUCCACCGUCUAAAGUAACUUUAGGUCUAUCUCUUGCCUGUUGAUAUUAGUACACAUAAGGUUAGAUCGUAGCUUGAGACUAAUAUGUAUUCAGCUUACGUUAUGCAGUUGAAAUGUGUCUUGUAGAUCCAAAAUGUACCUGAUCUAGAAUUAAUUCUAAAAUCGUAUUUAGGAAGUUUGUAUGUAGGUCUUGAAUUUAUUGUUGUAGAUUCUAGGCAUUGCGCGGCGAUUAAAUUAUGAGAAGUUAGGAACAGUUUAGAUAGGGUGUUAGAAAGUACCGCGCGAUGUGUUUCUGAGUUGAUCGACUGCUUGUUCGUGUGAUUGUUUUCUAUGUAAUUGUUCUCUCGCUUGAUUCUCGUAUUAGUGAUUAUUGUGACUUAGGCGAUCGUUGAUUGAGUCCCAGAG